CGCCCGACAUCAGACGACCCCAAACCCUAUCUCCCCCUUCGUGUCUCUAGGCUCUCCAGGACACUCUCUUUCAUCGCUUUCGUGCCCUAAUCAACCUCUCAUUCCAAACCCUAACCCUAAUCUAACUCUAACUCCCAAUUCAUGAAAAUUCACGCCCAUUCACCUGCGAUUCCUCUCUCCACCCUGGAAUCUCUUUGAUGCUAUCCUUCACACGCAAGCCCUAGAUAUUCCCCAGCCAUGGAGGGCUCUGCGGACGAUCUCGGAGCCCCUGAGUCCUGGGAGGUCGCUGAUUUGGACGAGAGCAUGAGCAGAUUGAUGCUCUCCUCUUCAUCCGCCAAGAAAGAUUCCUCUUCCUCUUCCUCUUUCGAUGCCUCGGUACCAGCUUCAGCUUCAGCUUCUGCUUCUGCUCCGGCUUUGUCGUCUUCGUCGGUGCCGGUUGGUUCCGGGAUGAUUUCUGAGGACUCUGUCAACCAAGUGGAUCAGUUUCUUCGUGAGGCUCUGCAGAAUCCGCGUGAGCGGCUGUCAAUUCUAAGGAUGGAGCAAGACAUCGAGAAGUUCAUUCAUGAUCCUACACAACAGCAACUAGAGUUUCAACAGUUGCCUACCUCCUAUCUACGGUUGGCUGCGCACCGUGUGGCUCAGCAUUACUCACUGCAGUCAAUGGUUUUAUUGGACAAUAAUUUACCUGAUGGAUCUGGUUCCAAAAUUAUUGUUCGCAAAACUUCUGAGUGUCGGCUUCCUCUGAUUCGCCUGGCAGACAUCCCUGUAAGCUUACCACCAGAAGAUGGUGGUGUCAUUAAGGUUGCAAUCAAACAGAGGCCUCAGAAACGAUCGCAAAAUGUCAGUUGUGCAAAUUCACAUUCUUUUAAGGCAAAUAAUUCCAAAAGUGUAGAAGAACGAAAAGAGGAGUAUAACAGAGCUCGUGCACGGAUAUUUAACUCUAGUAGUUUUAGUGGUACUGGUGGGGGGAAACCUGAAUGUGAACCAAGGAUGCAGGAUACUUUCCAGCAUGGUUCUGUGAGUUUACCGAAAAUGGAAGACAAACCUGUUGCUGGAAGUUCUGAUGUCAAUAUUUGCAGGGGUUUGGUUGAUUCUUCUACAAGUAGCAAUAGAUCAGCUAGAAGUAGGGCAGAAAAGGAGCCAAUUGGUAGGUACAAACCAAAUAAUAGGGUGGCUAUCUUUCGGGACCGUGAGAUUGACCGUAAGGAUCCUGAUUAUGACAGGAGCUAUGAUAGGUACCUGCAAAGAUUUGAUCCUGGAUUUGGGUUCAAUGGAGGACCUUACACUAUACAGCCUAUGUACACUCCUGCAUUGAACUACAAUACUGAAUUCCCACAACUUGGAUCAGCUCAUAGGCCUCAAAUUUCUACUGAACACCAACCUCGGCCACUUCCCCAACAUUUAUCUGGUCCAUGGCCUGCACCAUCAACUCCUACAGGAAUUGGGUAUGGUCAUCCAGAGACCAUGAUGUCACCAUUUAAUCCCAAUCAUGUUGGUGCACGCUCCACAUCUACCCUAUAUCUUCCUUCUUCUCAGUAUCCUUGUCAACGUCCUGGAAUGCCUUUCAUCCAUCCUCAUGAACAUGUUCACCAACCUUUUUCACAGUCUCAUCAACAGCAACCUGAUACAAGUUUUGGAUUAGCCCGGCCCCGGUAAGGGGCAUGGGCCAUGCCUGCACCCUGCCAGCUGAAACUCAAGCUUGAAAUAUGACAGCCUGCUACAAUGAUAUCUGUGGUGGUGUAUGUCAUCUCAUUUUGGCAGGAGUGCAGGCAUAGAAAACCGAGGUGGACUGGAGUGACACAUCAAUCUCAUGGAUGUCCUCUAUCAUCCAUUCGAUGAGCCCCUCGGUUCAAUAUGAGGCUUCUUGCAUCUUCAAUGCUGAAGCUCACUGGGAUUGCAGUCCCAUUGUUUGGACAAGCUAUUUGGAAGCUUGUUAUUUCACUGACGAUGAUGAAGAAUGAAAAUUGGAAAAGAAUUAGCAGAGCUGGACAUGUGCAGCAUUGGUUCAGAUGGAGUGUCGUAUAGAGAGAGCCCAAGGGAAAAUAUCAGUCAGUAUUGUUGUUGGCGGGGAAAGAUAUGGUGCACAGCCGAUUCCUUUGAAGAAGGCUCUGAUCUGAUCAUCACUCUCCAUGCUUUAGUAGAACAUUUUCUGUGCUGAAAUAAUUAAAGUGAACCACAUAUAUUUGUACCAUAUGAAACACCUGCUUCUGGGGUAGCGGUCUAUGGUGGUCGUAAAGCUCUCGGUCCAGAGUGAGAGUGGGAGUUAUGGUGUGUAGUAAGUUGAUGGUGGCUCGUUCAGUACUGCCCUGUUGCUUGUCUAGUGAUGUUUUGAUAUUCACCAUGUUUGUGGGCAGGGUAGCCACUGUCAUGUAGUAUCUUGUUCAUUUGUUUUCUAAAGAAAGGUCCAAAGGGAUGGGAUUGGUUGGGCGUAGGCACAAAGCUUUGUAUGUAAAGGGGGUGGGGUCCAUAAUGAGGAUUGAUGACAAGGGAAGGCAUUGAUCCAUUUGGAGAUGGCUUGCACUUGCAGAGAUCAGAGAGAAGAUGCUUCUUGUCUUUGGCCGAAGGCACCCUCACCCAUAACGCAGCAUUGGCAGUUGCUACUAAGCCAACUACAGGUUUAUUCACAA